AGCCUGCAUUCACUGGUCAAGAUUCAUGAAAAGCUGCACUACUACGAGAAGCAGAGCCCCGCCCCUGUCCUCCACAGCACAGCAGCCUUGGCAGAUGAUCUGGCCGAAGAGCUUCAGACCAAGCCAUUAAGUGGUGAGAUCAGAGAGCUGUUGAAACUGCUGUCCAAACCCAACGUAAAGGCUUUGCUUUCCGUGCACGACACUGUGGCGCAGAAGAAUUAUGACCCCGUAUUGCCUCCGAUGCCUGACGAUAUUGAUGAUGAUGAAGACUCAGUAAAAACCAUCCGUCUCGUCAAAAACAGAGAACCACUGGGAGCUACCAUCAAGAAGGAUGAGCAUACCGGUACCAUCAUUGUGGCUAGAAUCAUGAGAGGUGGCGCUGCAGACAGAAGCGGUCUUAUUCACUUCGGUGAUGAACUUCGGGAAGUGAAUGGGAUCCCAGUAGAGGAUAAAAGGCCGGAGGAAAUAAAACAGAUUUUGGCUCAGUCUCAGGGGGCAAUCACAUUUAAGAUUAUACCCAACAUCAAAGAGGAGACCCCAUCUAAAGAAGGCAAGGUGUUCAUCAAAGCCCUCUUCGACUAUGAUCCUACUGAGGACAGAGAAAUUCCAUGUAGAGAAGCUGGGCUUGCUUUCAAGAAAGGAGACAUCCUUCAGAUUAUGAGCCAGGAUGAUGCAACCUGGUAGCAGGGGAAGCAUGAAGGGGAUACCAACCCCAGGGCAGGCCUGAUUCCCUCCAAGCAUUUCCAGGAAAGGAGAUUGGCCGUGAGACGACCAGCAAUAUUAGUGCAGCCCUUGAAAGUUUCCAACAGGAAAUCAUCUGGUUUUCGAAGAAGCUUCUGUCUUAGUAGGAAAGAUAAGAAGACCAAUAAGUCCAUGGAUGAAUGCAAGAAGAGUGAGCAGUAUGACACAGCUGAUGUGCCCACCUACGAGGAAGUGAGCCCGUACCAGCGGCAGACCAAUGAGAAAUACAGACUUGUGGUCUUGGUUGGCCCUGUAGGAGUAGGGUUGAAUGAACUGAAACCAAAGCUGCUGAUCAGCGACACACAACACUACGGCGUGACCGUGCCACACACAACCAGGGCCCAAAGAAGCCAGGAGAGUGAUGGCGUGGAAUAUAUUUUCAUUUCCAAGCACUUGUUUGAGACAGACGUGCAAAAUAACAAGUUCAUUGAAUAUGGUGAAUAUAAAAACAACUACUACGGCACCAGCAUUGACUCGGUUCAGUCUGUACUUGCUAGAAACAAAGUCUGUCUAUUGGAUGUUCAGCUUCACACAGUGAAGCAUUUAAGAACACUAGAAUUUAAGCCUUUUGUGAUAUUUAUAAAGCCUCCAUCAAUAGAACGUCUGAGAGAGACAAGAAAAAACGCCAAGAUGAUUUCAAGCAAAGACGACCAAGGAGCGGCCAAACCCUUCACAGAAGAAGACUUUCAAGAAAUGAUCCAGUCUGCACAGAUCAUGGAAAACCAGUAUGGCCACCUUUUUGACAAGACCAUUGUAAACGAUGAUUCCACCAUGGCCUUCCAUGAGCUGAAGACGACGUUUGACAGAUUGGAAACUGAUGCCCACUGGGCAGUGAGCUGGCUGCAUUCGUGA